GUAUUAUUUAAUUCUUACUCUUUGAUAACACCAUGGGCUCCCACAUGACAGGCGAGAAUGGCCAACUAGCCUUGCUUGAUAUCACAGUGGAAUUCACUGGAGGGUUAGAAAUGCUCUUUUCAAACCAGCGCAAACACAAGAUUUCCUUGCCUUCAUUAGAUAUAACCGGUGCUCCGUCCAACAUCGCUUAUCUUAUCAAGUACCUCUGCCAGAAUCUGAUGAAAGACGAGCGUAAGGAGCUGUUCGUCCUGGAUGACUCAGUACGUCCUGGUAUACUCGUGCUUAUCAAUGAUGCGGAUUGGGAGCUGGAGGGAGAAGAACAGUAUCGAAUACAACAAAAUGAUAAUAUUCUAUUUGUAUCGACUCUCCAUGGAGGGUAGAUUUGGGGGGGGAAAGGCAACAGGGACAUAUGCUCCUCAUCAUAGGCGAGGAAAAAUCAUGGCAUAUCUUUACAUAUAUAAAUGUGACAUUAACGGUCCGUUAUACGACGUCCUCAACGUGGAGUUGCGAGAUCCUUUCUGGGUUGCGUGGCGUCCUCAGCCCACUUUGUGGAGUCCCUCCUCUAGUCAGAGCACCAAUGGAGCCAUCGGGCAUCGGAGAAACAGUGCCACUAGGUGGCACUGGUAUUUUGAUGUCUUCAGGAGAACCGGGGAUUAUUUCUGGCGGAAGAUUUGGGACAUGUAUCCUUUUGGCUUCGUUAUUAUAACUUGCGGGAAUAAUCUAUU